AGAACUGAGUAUCAUUUAAAGUUUUCACGUCGGUGAGAACGAAGGUAUAGCUGUGUUCCGGGUUCUAGCGCCGUGUAGUCUGGUAGAUGUUUACCAUGGAGAGAACUGGUACUUCUCAAAAGUUGUGUAAAAGUCUAUCAGACUACACUACGCUACAUCAGCCACCUCAGCGUUAAAACUGGAUCGACUGCCUCGUAAGGACCAUCUUAAUAUUACCGCAAAUUUAGAAACUCCUUCAUACCUGAAAUCUAAUCAAGAACACAUUUUGGUAGGACUCCUUGGACGAGGAAUGCAGAAGACAGUGUACGUGUCUUCGGACACCGAAGGGCUGGUCUCGGCACUACCUGAAUUGGACGUGUCGAGACACAACCCCAAAGGCUGCUUCAUUACCACAAAUCACCAGCAGCAGCGAAACCAUUUAUUUGAAUGUUUAUUCAUGAUUUGUUGUACGUUUUAACGACACCUAGCACCACUCCAUCAGCAGGAUGUGGCAAAAUGUGGAACAUAACAAACUAUCUUGUUUUGAACAUGUGCAUUGCGCACAUACCCUUAACUUUAUUCAACAGCAGCUCCAGAUUUUUGUAUUUGUUUAACAGCGACUGGUACAUCGGCAAAUGGUAUUGCCACUUCAACAACUUCCUAGCCAACAUGUCGGUGGCAGUCACUGCCAUGACAAUCAGCGCCAUUUCCGUAGAGCGGUACCUGGCGAUUGUGUGGUCCUAUACACCAAAGAUGUCGAUGAAAAUCAUUGUUAUGAUCAUUCUCAUCUGGGUCGCAGGCUUCGCCAUAGGACUGCCCUCUGCAGACUACGAUAAUACCAUCGCCCGCAGGGACACCGGGAACACACGCACGGUUUGCGUCCUUAAGUGGCCAAACGGAGAUAUUUUUAAUUCCACGCUGGACCACGGGUACGAUAAAUUCCUGCUACAGGUGACGUACAUAUGGCCGAUGUUUAUCAUGGGGAUGUGCUACAGCACUACGGCGAUGGAACUUUGGUGCUGCAGCUCGAAUCCCGAGCGGGCCCCGCAAGAAAUUCACACCAGGCAUACCAAGAAGGAAGCUACCAUGUUCAUCAGUAUGAUGGUCGUGUUUGCAGUAUGCACACUCCCAUUUCACGUACACAACAUUUAUGCGGAAUACGAUCUAGCUAAUCAAUACGGUGGACUUUCCAAGCACCUAGACCUAGCGGCAAAUUGGUUGGCCGGGGCCAAUGCCAUGAUUAACCCGUUGUUAUUCAUAUUGAUGAAUUCCAGGUUCCGUCAGUGCUUGAUAGACGCCUGGAGACAGUGUCAUUGUCCCUUCUGGAAGAGGUCCGUGCACCUGGAAGACACCGAGUUGACCAUGUUUCAUAUGUGCAUCUUUCGCCCUGAAUCCACUUCAGCAAUGCAAGUCGCAGUUGCGAGACCCACAACUCAGUCACUGAACGCACAGAUCCAAUAUUGAAGUGUCAACAUUCCUGCCACUGUCUUCCUCAGGGUAUCCAAUGUGUUCUCUUUAAAGUUUUCUAAACUGUGCAUACGAGAUGCGUUCUUGCAUUCGGAGUGCACGUGUACGUCAAGAGCAUUAUAUAUUUUUUUUUAUUUUGUGUUAAGUUACCACGUUGGCCUUCGCGAUAACUUGUCGUACAUCCAAAACUAUUGUUCCAAAAACCGAAUCACAUUACAUGUUUUAACACUGCAGCCAUAAAUGGCCUUCGUAUUUCUCACGGACGAGUAGAUACACAUCAUGCGUUCGUUUGAAGCGUUUAAUGAAUGCAAGUAAGGCAAAAAACGAUGAACACAAAAC